CUCUCUCCGUCUCUUUCGUCUACUGCUUCCGCCCGAUUAGUAAGGAAGGGCUCUCCCUGGUAGAAGCUGGUGAUGGCGACGGCAGCAUUGGGAGAUGGAGAACGAAGCAGUACCCGGGAUAGGCUUCUAACUGCCCUGGACGAUCUGGAGCUUUUGGCGAGGGAACUGAUAGAAAUGUUGGCAAUGUCAAGAAACCAGAAACUCACACAACCCGGAGAAGAGAACCAGAUCCUGGAACUGUUGAUUCAGAAGGAUAAAGAAUUCCAGGAAUUAAUGAAACUGGCUCUUGAUCAGGGCAAAAUCCACUAUGAAAUGCAGCUGUUGGAAAAAGUGGUGGAGAAGAGAGACAGUGAUAUUCAGCAGCUUCAAAAACAACUGAAAGAAGCAGAACAUAUACUGGCUACAGCAGUUUAUCAAGCAAAAGAAAAAUUGAAAUCAAUAGAAAAGGCAAGGAAGGGGGCUAUUUCAUCUGAAGAAAUAAUUAAAUAUGCACACAGAAUUAGUGCCAGCAAUGCUGUUUGUGCUCCUCUUACCUGGGUACCAGGGGAUCCACGGAGACCAUACCCAACUGACUUGGAGAUGAGAAGUGGUCUGCUGGGUCAGAUGAGCAACCCUUCAGCAAAUGGCGUCAAUGGACACUUACCAGGGGAUGCCCUUGCAGCAGGCAGAUUACCAGAAGUACUUGCACCUCAGUAUCCCUGGCAAUCAAGUGACAUGUCAAUAAACAUGCUACCUCCUAAUCAUAGCAAUGACUUUAUCCUGGAACCUCCUGGACAUAACAAGGAGAAUGAAGAUGAUGUAGAGGUUAUGUCAACAGAUUCCUCAACUAGCAGUAGUGACUCAGAUUAGGUACUAAAUUAGGAUGUUUUGACUGUUGUGCUCCCAAAUGCAAGCUGUACAAUAUUCAGUAUUUGUUCUGCAGUCCAGAUGGAAAAUGCAGCACACACCAGAAAACUAAUUCUCAUCCAGAAUGGCUGGGUAUAACUAGGAAUAUUAUAGCAGAAGUGACACAGUUUAUUUGAGAUUUUGUUACGGUUCUUGAAAGUGCAGUCUUGCGAUGCGAAUUGAAAAAUACAUUCAUUGAGUAUCUGUGAAUAGUUAUAACAAUCAUAGUAUGGAUCCAGAGUGACCUUCUGUUCAUGAAAUAUUUCUCCUGUUCCUGGAAAGGACUGUGAUCCUGCAAGGAUUUCUGCAAAUGAGAAGGUAAUGUCCCACAAUGUUCUAGGAGAUCCUUCAAUCUUUCAGUAAAUUUUCAAGUGGUGUAUGGGGGAUGGGGAACUGGGGCAAAUCUCUUUCCCCCAUUCCAUGAACCGAAAGUUUCCAUAAAGAGAACACUGCUUAUAGGAUCUCUGGAUUCAGUCCAAUACCUAUAACUUUUCAAUAGUAUUAGUCUUUUUUAUGCUUAAGAAAGUACAUUUGGAUGCUAAAUGUUUGUCACUAGGGUUCUAGUCAUGACUAAAUUUGUGUUUGUCUUAUAGAGAAUACGAUAGGCUAUUUAUAAUGUAUUGUGAAUAAAAUAAUGUAUUUCUGAAAA